AUGUCAUCGUCAACAGCGACGAUAUCAUCGAAAAAUUCUACGAUAACUAAUAAUGAUCGUAAACGGCCAAUAUCGUCUUCUAUGCGUCCGUCGCCAUCACCGCCAUCGGCCAAACGGCAUGGUUUAUCAGAAUCAUCGUCGAAUUCCCGUCAUGCAACAAAUAAAAAUUCACGCCGAUCAGAAAGAAAUGAGAUUCUUUUGAAAAAAUCCAAUGAACAAAAUGAAAGACAAAGUCGAUCGAAACAACAGUUUCGACAUAGAGAUAACAAAAGUUCAUCGUCAGAAUCAAGUCAUUCAUCACUGAAUUCAAAUCAUUCAAUACGUGAAGAAAAUACAUCAAAAACAGUACAAACAUAUAAUGAUGCAUUGAAAUCAACAAUGGAAAUCAAUGGUUCCAAUCAAAUGGUAUCAACUAAUAAACAUCAUUUAAAUUCAAUGCAUAGUAGUAAUAAAAAAUUGUAUCGACCAACAGAUACAAUCUAUACAAAAAAAACUAAUAAAUCAAUUGCAUUAAUUGUUAAACCAUCGACAACAAUCGAUGAAAGACAAGUUAAUACUACUGGCGACAGUGAAGAUGAAUUUGAAAGAACAAAAUCGAUGCCAAAUAAUAUUUCAGCAACAUCAACCCAUGUCACUAUUCCAUCAUCUGUAAUGACAAUAGUUACUGCAACUGAUUUGUCAAAAAAAUCCGCGCGUACAGAGAGUGUCAUUAUUCAACAACACGAUGGAAAUAUACAUCCGAAUUCUUCAACAAAAUUGGUUAAAGUAGUUGUUCCACAAGCAGCAAUUUCGCCAUCGAUACCACCAAUAAAAAUGCUUUCAAGUGGUGAUGGUCUUGCGUCAGCCUUACGCAUUCCAACGAAAAUUCAAUUAACGAAACCUUUAUUUGUGUCAUCAACAAAAAAUGAUAAAACAUCUUCUUUGUUUUCUUCAACAUCAACACAUUCAAUUAAUCAUAGACAACAAACUUUAUUACACUCAUCAUCAACUAGUUCGCUUGACAUUCCAAUAGAUAUGAGAGAAAAACAACAGCAAACUGUUGUUGAUUAUCAUUCAUCAACAACAUUACCACCAACACCUCCACCUCCUGUUAUUGAUAAUAAUAAUAAUUCAAAUGUUCGAACUGGAUUGUCUCACCGAUCAAAAAGUCAAAUAGAAGGAAAACAGAAAUCUAAUGAAAUUUCUACAAUGAUUAUCAAAGGCAGUGAAGAUAUUGACUCUUCAACGAUUAAUCACAAUCCAAAUCAUCAAAUUACAUCUAAACGUCAUUCAUUACAAAUCGAUUAUGCAUCUUCAUUAGUCGAUUGGUCUGUACCCCCAACAAGUGAACUAUCUCCUUCAUCUUUAACGUCAUCGUCACCAGAUUUAGCACAGUAUCAUUUACCUAUUGAUGAUUCACUUAUUGAUUUGGAUUUAGCAGCAAAUCCAAAGCGAUCAAUAAAACGUCGUUACCGUUCGUUAUCAUCAUCGUGUCCAAUAUUACCAUCGUUUGAAAUAUCGCAUGUUCAAUCGACUGAACGAGUCUUGACACCAGUUAAAUCAAGGUCUUUAACAGGUCUUUCGAAUUCAUCAAUGAUGAAAUGCACUGUCAUCAAGAAUAAAAGAUCUUUGACAGCAUCGCCUACUAUGAAAUUAUCAUCAUUACAACGUGUAAACAAAAGACGACGUGAUGGUGAAAAUUUAAUUCUCAAUCAACAAAACGGAAAUAUAUAUAGAUCGAAAACAAAACAGCUUAAAAUUGAAGAUGAUUCUCAUGUUGUUAUCAAAGAUUUAUUAAAUGAUAUUAUAGAUCGAAUUGUUUCAACACAGCCUGAUACACAUAACACCAUGAAAACUCUACUUCAUACAUCUAUUCCACCUGUAAAACAGGCAAUACCAUUUGCUGUGCUUCCGAAUAGGCAAAGAAAAAUGAGUCAUGUCGAAAAAACAAAAGCAGAAAGUUUUUUCAAUACAAUAUUAGUUCUUCCUCGGACAAAUCAAGUUGAUAAAAAACGCAAUGGUUCAUCGCAAUCAUUAGAUUCAACUGUACACAAUGAAUCUCGUUCGAUGAUAAUGACGCAGAGAGAAUUAGAUGAAUUAGCUUAUUUACUUCAUGCUAAUGUGCAUCGAGGACAAUACGAACGAAUCGGUAACCCAACACAAGUUGAAGAACGUAUGCGAGAAAUAUGGUCAAAGAUGAGUAUUCAUAAAAAGAAAACUUAUUAUAACCGCGUUAUUCAAAUCUAUAAAAGACCACAUCAUGAUGUUGUGAUUGCAUCACCUGCGUCAGCCAUAGAAACGAAUUCUUUAUCGUCGACUACUAGUUAUACUGAUAAUAAAAACACAUCAUCAAUAUCAGUUGAUGUGCCAUUUGUUGAAUUGAAACGACAAACAUCAACACCUUUAUCGUUUCAUUCAGUAGCUUCAUCAGUUGUAGAUGAACAACCGAUUAUUUCACCAGUUGAAUCUGAUUCAAAAUCAAAUGUAUUUACUGAUAUUGUUAACGAAUUAAUUACAGGUGCCAAAGGCUUAGAUAAAUUAUCAUGUUCACCAACUAUUUUUGUGAAUUCAAUUCAUAAAUUUGUUCGAUCAACAUUGGAUAAACAAAUAGAAACAGUUAAAAGUCUUGAACAACAACUUGAAAAAAAACGUCCGACACAAUUAAAUCGCGCAACUAUUUUUUGGACACAAAAAAUUAAUUAUUUCGCUACUAAAUAUUCAAUUAAAUCGCCCAAUGAAUCAAUGAAUGAAUUAGCAUUAAUUGUCAAAUAUUUCUAUUUAUUUAUAUUAUCACUCAGUUCUCGAAAACAAGAUGCUGAAUAUGAAGCAACAUUGACAAAUUUAGUUCAAGGAAAUUUAACCUUCAUUGAUGAAUCAUUUUCUUCAUCAGCAUUAACAAGUAUCAUUGAAGAUCGUAUUUUACUUUCAUCAGUAGCUAAUGAUUAUCUUGCUUCUCAACCAAUAAUAAUAAGUGAUAUCGAACAUUCAUUGCCAUUAAUACGUAAUAUUGAAUUAGAAAAUGAUUACUUAAAUAAGAACGAUACACAUUUACAAACAAGUCCAUUUUCUGAUUUGAAUGAUUUAGAAAAUUAUCUAAGUCGUUGUGAACAUAUGACAAUAACCAUUCCAUGUCAAACCAUACAACAGUCUCAUCAUCCAUCUAUGUGUUAUUCAACAUAUCCUCCUCAUUCUCAAUAUUAUUAUUCACCAACACAAUCAUCAGAUAUCAAUAACUAUUACUAUAAUCCUACAGUUGCAUAUCCAAAUACUCAACAAAUGUAUGCGUAUGGUCAACCAACAUCCUAUUAUCAUCCAUCAGUAACAUAUAACAAUAAUAAUAAUAAUAAUAAUAAUAAUAAUGAGCAACUUAAAUAUUACUAUAAUUCAUCACUACAACAACAACAGCAACCAUCGUAUAUGUAUCCACCACAGUCGAACAGUACUAAUGACAUUCCAUUACCAAACAAUUCUUCACAUCAUCGAACAUAUCGACAAAUGAGUUCAAACAUACAGAGAACUUACAGUAAUUCACAACAACCAACGCCAUCUGGUGCUGCAUCUUCAACACCGUCAACACCAGCUGUAUUUGAUGCAACAACUGUCGUUUCACCACAGUCAAACCAAAUGAAUACGACAAAUAUUAAUAAUAAUUAUCCACCAUAA